UGAUUCACGGCUUGCAGGAGGAGGGAGAGCCGUGCGGACAGGGGCUCGCAACAUCCAUCUCUAAUCUUAAAAUACAGCACUCCCCCCCACCUCCUCCUCCUCCUCCUCCCUUGUCAUUGACAGCUCUGCGACCCGGUCAAUCCGUCAGACAGGGAGGAUCUGGGGAGGAGGGCGCCCAGGCAGGAGAGGACGAAAGGCGAUCACCUCUGGCCGGUUUGAUCCAAACGCCAAUACCGAGCCUGGGGACCUGACUCUGCGUGCACGAGGACGACACAGUGGCAGGGAUUUUUUGGUCCACGAGAUCCAAACAGCGAGGCUAUAUUGAGACUGUUAAGAGGGUGAUCUGCGCGGAGAAACAAUAAUAAAGGGGGCGGUCAGGAGCUAUUUCGCAGUUUCUACAUAAACUCCCCGGAAUACAAAUCCAGGUGGCAGGUGGAGAAAAAGCACAGCACAGUGCUGGAUCCCAGGGGGACUGUCAGUGUGGUAAGGACCCUUGAGACGAAGGAGGGUGCAUGGAGGGUUCAAGGCCUGUGAAGCCAGGGUCGUCAGCCUGCCUCUGGUUGGGGCUGGUCUCUGUGGCUGUAGCCUUUCUUUGUACUGAGGCCCGGACCACUCCGAGCCCACUGCUAACCCCCAGCAAUGCGACCUGUGAGGGAAACUCCAAGUGUCAACCAGGGAUCAUCCUGCCCAUCUGGUAUCCUGAGGAUCCCUCCAUGGGAGACAAGAUUGCACGGGUCAUUGUGUACUUUGUGGCCAUGAUCUACAUGUUUCUCGGAGUGUCCAUCAUUGCCGACCGCUUCAUGGCGGCCAUUGAGGUCAUUACAUCCCAGGAGAGGGAACUAGUCAUCAAAAGACCCAAUGGAGAAACAACCACCACUACCAUUCGAGUGUGGAAUGAAACGGUCUCAAACCUCACUCUCAUGGCCUUGGGCUCGUCCGCCCCUGAGAUUCUGCUCUCUGUAAUUGAGGUUUGCGGACAUGGGUUCAGAUCUGGUGAGCUUGGGCCCGCCACAAUUGUCGGCAGUGCAGCAUUCAAUAUGUUUGUCAUCAUUGGCCUCUGCGUGUCUGUCAUUCCCCAAGGAGAGGUACGCAAGGUCAAACACCUCAGAGUGUUCUUUGUCACCGCAGGCUGGAGCAUCUUCGCGUACAUUUGGCUCUACAUGAUAUUGGCAGUGUUUUCUCCCAAUGUGGUCCAGGUCUGGGAGGGUCUGCUCACACUGGCCUUCUUCCCAAUAUGCGUACUCCUUGCAUGGGUGGCAGACAGACGACUCCUCUUCUACAAGUUCAUGCAUAAGAAAUAUCGUACCGACAAACACAGGGGCGUCAUCAUCGAGACGGAGGCAGAGCGCUCCAAAGGGAUUGAGAUGGACGGCAAGAUGGUCAACUCCCACUUCAUGGACGGAGGUGCGGCAAGCAAUCUUAUUGGUUUGAUCGAGAGCAAAGAGGUAGACGAGUCCCGUCGCGACAUGAUCCGCAUCCUCAAAGACCUAAAGCAGAAGCACCCGGAGAAAGAGUUGGAUCAGCUGGUGGAGAUGGCCAACUACUAUGCUCUCUCUCACCAGCAAAAGAGCCGUGCCUUCUAUCGCAUCCAAGCUACACGCAUGAUGACCGGCGCAGGAAACAUCCUGAAGAAACACGUCGCAGAGCAGGCGAAGAAGAGCGCCAGUGUGCAGGAGGUGCAUGUGGAGGAGCCAGAAGAAUACGUGUCUCGGAUUGCGUUUGAGCCUGCCGUGUACCAGUGCCUCGAGAACUGUGGCGCCGCCAUUCUGACCAUCACCAGAAAGGGUGGCGACAUCAACAAGACGAUCUACGUGGAUUAUAAGACAGAGGACGGCUCGGCAAACGCCGGGGCCGACUAUGAGUUCUCCGAGGGUACUGUGGUGUUCAAACCAGGCGAGAUGAUCAAGGAAAUAAACAUCGGCAUCAUUGACGACGACAUCUUUGAAGAGGAUGAGCACUUUUUUGUGCGGCUCAACAAUCUGCGUGUCCUGGAGACGGAGGACGAGGUGCUGUCCCCCAACAGUCUCCCGUACCCAAAGGCCAUGCUGGGCUUCCCCACCGUGGCCACUGUGACCAUUCUGGACGACGAUCAUUCAGGCAUCUUCACUUUUGAGAGUGGCUCAGUGCACGUCAGCGAGAGCAUGGGUAUUAUGGAAGUGAAGGUGCUGAGGACUUCUGGAGCGAGGGGGACGGUCAUUGUGCCUUAUCGCACCGUGGAGGGACUUGCCAAAGGAGGAGGGGAGGACUUCGAAGACACCUACGGAGAGCUGGAGUUCAAAAACGAUGAAACCUGCAAACUUAUUCACGUGAAAAUAAUUGACGAUGAGGAGUAUGAGAAAAACAAGAACUUCUUCCUGGAGCUGGCCGAGCCUCGCAUGGUAGACAUGAGUCUGCAGAAAGCCCGGUUGUUAGCUGACGAUGUACCAGACAGGACGAUGACAUCAGACGAGGAGGAAGCCAGGCGGAUCGCGGAGAUGGGAAAACCGGUGCUGGGGGAACACUCCAAGCUGGAAGUCAUUAUUGAAGAAUCAUACGAGUUUAAGAGCACAGUUGACAAGCUGAUUAAGAAGACCAACCUGGCACUGGUGGUGGGAACCAACUCCUGGAGAGACCAGUUCAUGGAGGCCAUUACAGUCAGUGCAGACGAGGACGAAGAGGACACAGGGGAAGAGCGGCUCCCGUCCUGUUUUGACUACGUCAUGCACUUCCUCACCGUCUUCUGGAAGGUCCUGUUCGCCUGCGUUCCUCCCACAGACUACCUGAAUGGCUGGGCCUGUUUCAUCGUCUCCAUCAUCAUCAUCGGCCUGCUCACGGCCGUCAUCGGCGACCUUGCGUCUCACUUCGGCUGCACCAUCGGCCUCAAGGACUCAGUGACUGCUGUGGUGUUUGUGGCACUUGGUACAUCUGUCCCAGACACCUUUGCUAGUAAGGUAUCCGCAGUCCAAGACACCUACGCAGACGCCUCCAUCGGAAAUGUGACCGGCAGCAACGCCGUCAACGUGUUCCUGGGAAUCGGCAUGGCCUGGUCGGUGGCGGCCAUCUACUGGCACAUGAAAGGGAAGCCGUUUGUGGUGGAAGCCGGCUCGCUGGCCUUCUCUGUCACUCUCUUCACCAUCUUCGCCUUCCUGGCCGUCUCUGUGCUGCUUUAUAGGCGCCGGGCCCACAUCGGAGGAGAACUGGGUGGGCCCCGGGGACACAGACUGGCCACGUCAGCCUUCCUUAUCGGCCUCUGGUUCCUUUACAUCCUCUUCUCCAGUCUGGAGGCCUACUGUCAUAUAGAGGGCUUCUAAGCAGGAGGAGGAUACAAACAUGCAGGGGUUUAAAGUACAACUUCAGAGUGAAUUCUCACUGUGGAAUUUGGGUCAGUCUUGUAUGGUACGAACGGACAGGAGAGGUAGACCCAGGGUUUUCCCAGACACCUCCCUCUCUCUCUCUCUCCCUCAACCCCUCCUGUAAGGAUGCUUGGAGGUGAGUAUCCUGCCCUCUAGUGCCGACAGGCCUGUUCGCCCCGGCUUCAGGAGAGAGCCGUCCUGAGCCUGUGUGAGUGUGCUUACAGUUGGGAUUGGGUUACCUCCGAGUCCAGAAGAUGCCGAUGCCGGGUUGGUCCUGCAUUCCACUGGAAGAGACUGCAGUCUUAUAAACCGGAGAGAGUUGAGUUAAUCAGAGGUCUAUAUUUUUCUCAACAUCUGACGAGAACGACAUUUUUUAAAAAGUAUUUUGGCGAUAAAAACGCAAAAAAUAAACAAAACAAAAAAACAGACACACGCAGACAAAAAAAAGGAACUAUUUUCUGAUCUACGCUAAGGAAUAACAAAAAGAUAAUAUUGUAAAUGGGAAUAUGUUGUUGAGUGACAGUGGGAUGGAUUCAUAGUAUUUAUUUUUAUUUGCAUAGUUUCCUAAGGAGCACUGCAGAGUUCUCAGAUAUCACACAAAGAAGAAGAAGAGGAGCAACAGUGACAGUUCAUGCUGGCAGACGAAUCACCAUUCAAACAGACGAGGAGGAAGAGGUGGACACAGUGAACAUGGUCAAACUGCCCUGAACAUUACUUCCGUACUCUAUACUUAUCUAUAUAUAAUAUAUUUCCAUAUUUUCUGUAUAUUUUGAAUAUUUGU